AUGGAGCGUCUCGCUGCUGCUCACGCCGCCAAGGUGGCGAAGAUGGAGAAGGACUUCAAGAGCAAGAUGAAGGCCGCGAAGGAAGACUCCAAGCAGGAGCUCGUCGCGCAGCUUGAGUUUACCCAAAAGGCAACGCGCGCGGCUAUGGAAUCUGAGUACGAAGGACAGAUGACGAGCCUGAAGCGCUCGUUCCACGGCGAACGCCAAGCUCUCAAGGGUCUGUUCGACUCGGAGUUUUACAAGGCCCAGAAAAUCAUCUCUGAUUAUGAGCUGCAACUCGAUGCUUUUGAAAUUGCCGAAGCUGCGGCGAAGAGCAAGUCGAAGGCUUUCGAUGAAGAGAUCGCUACCUUGAAGCAACAAGCGGCGAUUUCGCUAGAAAAAGCGCUUGCCGAAACUGAAGCGGACGCCGAAAAGAAGUGGUUGACAAAAAUCGACGACAUGGAGCGAAGCCACAAGGCGCUGACUGAUAAACUCAAGGCCGAGCACUCCAAGGCGAUUGUUGAAGUGCAAUCCAAGCUAAAGGAUGCCGAAUCGUCUCAAGAUGAUGCCAUGAAGGCAAAGAUCGCGAAGAUUGAGGCUGAUUACGAAGUGAAGAUCAAGUCUCUCGAGGAUAAGCUCGCCACUGAGCGGGAGAAGGCUACCCGCGAACUUGCUGAUGAGAAGGCUCGUGCCGCGAGGGCGCUUGAAACCGCUAUCGCUGAGGUGCAAUCGUCCGCCGCGGAGGAAGAGAUUGAAGCCCUGGAGGCGAAGUACUCCGCGAUGGAAGUGGAGUAUAAGGCGACCAUCAGCAAACUCCAAGCUGAAAUUGCCUCCGCAGAGAUCAAGGUCAAGGCCGUCACUGUCGAAACCAGAAACGAGUUCAGCUCGGAGCUCGAAGCGCUCAAAGCGAAGCUCGCGGCUGCGCAGAAGGAAAUCAAGAUUCUGGAACAGAAGCUCGCCGACGAGGAAGCGGAAAAUGCCGGCAAGAUUCUUGAACUCGAGAAGAACUUCGACGAUGAGAUCGAAAGGCUCAAGAGUUUGUUUGACAUGCAAGCCAAGGAGGGCGUCAUGGUCAUCACAGAGGAGCGAGACUCGCUGAAACUCCGCAUAUCCCAGAUUGAGGCUGAGUACGCUCAGAAAAUCAAGUUGAUCCAAGAUUCUUCAAAAGUUGACGAGGCGGAGAUCGAUGCGCUCAAAGCCAAGUACACCGCUCAGAUUGAAGAGCUGCGUAAGCGUUCGGACGCUGAAGUCGACGCACUCAGGAAGUCACUGAAUGACGCGAAGUCCAAGUACGAAUCAGAUGUCGUUAAUUUAAAGACCGAGCACGCCGACGCGAUUGCUGCCGCGAAGGAGGCUUCUUCGAGUGCAGAUGCUCUGUUAAUAUCGAAGAUAUCCAAGCUUGAGGGCGACGUUGCGUCUGUGAACAAGGCGAAGAAGGAAGCCGAGAGCGCGAUGAAGGCAAAGCAGGCCGCAGCCCAAGCCGAAGUGGAUGCGCUGCAAAAGCAACUCGCGGACUUUCAAAAGAACGAUCUCAACAAGUUGGAGAAGGCGCUCGAUGAUGCUUUGGCGAAAGCGAGUAUCAUACCAGGCCUUGAGAAGCAGAUUGAUGAGCUCAAGGAAGCACAGGCGGCUUCGAACGCAACGUAUGAAUCUUCUAUGGAGAUGAUCAAGUUGCAACACGCGGCAGAAGUUGAGAAACUCACCCUGGCUGUGAACGAGGCGUCGAACGCGGCUACCAGUGGACUGGAAGCAAAGAUCAAGGCUCUCGAGACGCAGCUUCAGGCCGAGAAGGACACGCUCGCCAAGGUCCUUCAAGAUGCCGAGACUCAGCGGGCCAAGCUGGAGGACGAGUACAGAAAAUCUCUUGAAACGACCCGAGCGAACGCGAUCGCUACGGCGGAGGAGCAGAGGAAAAAAUUAGAAGCUUUAUUCUUGGAAGAAUCCGCUGCGGCUCGACAGGCGUUCGAGUCUCAAAUCGCUGAGUACGAAAAGCUCGUCAAGAACGCCACAGAAGAGCUCAAGAGUGGGCACGAGAAGGAGCUGAGCACGCUUGUCUCUCAACACCAGACAGAGAUGAAGUCUAUCAUUCAGAAAAUGGAGUCCACCAUGACGUCCGACAAGUCGAAGCUUGAAAAGGCUCUUGAGGAGGCUAACGAGCAGUUGCGAGCGGCGAACGCUGACUCUAAGGCCUCAGCGGAAGCGAUCGUGAAAGCCAAUGCCGAGCGUGAUGCGACCAAGAAGCUUCUCGCUCAACUCGAGGCUGAAAUCAACACACUGAAGAAGAGUGCAGUUGAUCAAAAGGUCGUCGAAAAAGAGAUUCAGACGCUCAAGACCGCCAGGGAUGCGGCGCAGUCGCGGCUGGCCGAGCUUGAGAAACAGCAAGGUGGGGAGAUUGAACGACUGAGGGCUGAAAUUUCGUCGCUUCAAGCUGAACUCGCAAAAACUGUGGAGAACGCUAAGAAGGCGAGACAAGCGGCAAUCUCGAGCGUGACUGUCGAUUUCGAAGCCAAAUUGGUCGACAUGCAAAAGAGACAACAGAUCGAGAUCGAUGAGUUGACUCGCCAAGCGCUGGCAGAUGUCUCGGGUGCCGAGAAGCGCGCAGAAAUUUUGCAAGUUCAGCUCACGACGUUGAAGGCAGAGUCUAGCGAGAUCCAAAGCAUCAAAAGCCAAUUGUCGGCGAGCGAAAAGAACCUCAAAAUCACGAGUAUCAAGUUGGGUGAGACGGAAAAGAAGCUCGCAGACUUCUUGUCUCUCUAUGGUGAAGAGCGCAAAGUUCUCGAGGAGUCUCGCAAGGUUGCCGAAGACUUGGAUCGCAUCAAGCGAAGAUACGCCACGACCAUGGAAAUAGACGAAGAUACGAUCGAUCAAAUCAGCAACAAGGUGGAGACACAGCUCGCCUUGGCGGACGACGCUGAGAAACUUCAAGCCAUGAUGGACGGCAAGUCGAAGGGUGACACUGUUCGCGACGUCAACAACAUCCCAGUCUGGGCUUACUACGCCCUCGGUGUCGCUACUGCGAUUCUGCCGAGAAUCAUCUCCGGUGGAUUAUGA